UCAGAAGUGGGGAUUGUGCAUGGUCCAUCAGGCUAGUUGGCUACUCCCUGUCUCUGCACAGGCACAGAGCUUAGCUGUUUGCUCGCCUUCAUGACAUUUUUCCCUAGUCCAACAUGUAUCGCACAUUCUUGUGUUCUAUUGCUCAUGUGCUCAUGUUUCUUGUGUAUCACGUGCAAGGCUAAAUUUGCGCUACAGUAAUAUGUUUACCAUACACAGAUAGCACUUAGUACUGCCAAACAGCAUGGUUUGAACUCCUCCCGUUUCUUCUAUCGUUUAAUUCCAAUAAUUCAAAGCACACCAAAAUACUCCUGUCUGAGAUUUAGAAAAAGAGUGCAAAAUAAAAGGAAAUAAAUGAAAUUGACAAUUGCUACGGGUGUAUAAAUCGGAUCAUUGUCACAGCUCACAAACAUAGAUUUCAAACAAUAACGAAUCGUACCUGAAUUGAAACCGCUCCAAAUAGGCAGGCAGCAUCUGCAAGAUCGAGCUGUAGAGCCAACUCGUACGCGCCAUACUUGGUUCCCUCCAAAUUUGCCUCUCCUUUUAAAAGCCACGCGGCGUCUCAACCUGCUCUCCCUCGUGUCGUUGCUUCGUUCGAUCUGCACAAUGUCGGCGGGCGGCCGGCACCGCGACGACUGCUCCGCGUCGCCGCCGCCGUCGCCGUCGCCGCCGCCCUCCACGCUCCUCCAGUUGCUCGAGGUCACCGUCAUCUCCGCGCAGGACCUGCACCGCCGCCUCGGCCGCCGCGUGCGCGCCGCCUACGCCGUGGCCUGGGCCGACGCCGCCCACAAGCUCCGCACCGGCGUCGACCUCGCCGGCGGCGCCGACCCGACGUGGAACGACCGGUUCCUGUUCCGCGUCGAAGAAGCCUUCCUCCGGUCCGACACGGCCGCCGUCACCGUCGAGGUGCGCGCGCCGCGGAGGUUCGGCGGUGACGCCGUCCUCGGCGUCACGCGGAUCGUGGUCAGCACGUUCGUCGGGUCGGCGUCGUCCUCCGCGCGAGGCACCACCGGCCGGCAGGUGGCGGCGCUGCAGCUCCGGCGGCCGCGGUCGCUGCGGCCGCAGGGCAUCGUGAACGUGGCGGUGGCGGUGCUCGACGCCACCGACGCGCGCGCCGUGCCGCUCUGCAGCUCGCCGGACUCCCCGGACGCGUUCUCCGUGAAGGACCUCCUGGUGAGGAGGCCCGGGUCGCUGGCGAGGAUCGUGGAGGUGAGCGAGACGGAGGAGGCCGACGACGAGCCGCCGGCGGCGGCGGCGGCGGUCGUCGAGCACUCCGGGGCGAUGGACACGAGGGGCUCCGCCGUGGAGCAGAGGAAGCUGGAGCUGCUGCUGGAGAAGUGGAAGGCGGAUCUGUCGCCGGACCAGCAGAAGGAGAAGGCCAACAGCCGCCGGAGCAGUGGGCCGCGGCGGCAUCGCCGGAGGAGCUCCUGCUUCGGCGGCGGCAGCGCGGAGUGGGAGAGGUGAUCAUCACCCGUGCUUCACGUGUACUGAUCGUCUGAUCGCAAGACUGCAUGCUGCGAAUGCCCAUCUGUUUAGGGUUUUUUUUAGCAGUUAUUUAUUUUUUAUUUUUGCCAGA